AUGGAUCCCAGAGACCUAAAAUCCGCGUCGACAUACGUAAACAACCAACUUGCUUCUCGAGGAUUACUCCGGGGGAACCCAAUCCCUUUUCACAAACCCGGCGACGACGACGGCACUCCUGCGAAGAUCAUCAACCUUGUUCACGAGCUUAUCGCUCGGAGAGAUGUAAAUUUUUCUAUAACCCAGCGCGAGGCAUAAGCUGACGGUGUGUAGAGGGAAGGCGAACAACGUGAGGAUUUAGCAUUAACAAUUCGAACGCUUCGCACCACGGAAGUAAGGCAGAAUGAGACGAUUGUACGAACACUCUCCCCCCAGCCGCUUGAGGGUCUCUCGGACUAACGCCCUUCGAAAGGAGCAACUAAAAGAGAAAAACCGCGAACUGGAGCGCAGGAACGCAAUCCUCGAUUCACAAGCCCGCUCCUUCAACUCCACCCUCAGAACCGUGGAAGCCAGUGCCAACGCCCUCCGCCACGAAGCCGCACGCCUGAAAACCCUCCUCGCACAAGUCCGCACCCAAUGCGCAAAUGACAUCCGAAAGCGUGACAUCCAGAUACAGAAGAUGAAGGAGCGGUUAACAGACAGUAGCAGGCGCGGGCGGGCGCCAAUGGCGCACAUCAGCGUGAUCGGAGUACCGAAGGGAUCGGUAUCGGGCGGGGACGAGGAUGGGGCGACAACCACCGCUGCGGGGAACUCCCUCGGAGCGGAUACUGCGGACUUUCUAACAACCCUGUCGCAGGGGCUCGCGGAUGAAAAUGAUAAUCUCAUCGCGUUGAUCAGACAGACCUUGUCUACGCUCAAAACGAUUCAGGGGCUGCCGGACAACGGCGGGCUCCAUGCCCCGGAGGAGGAUGUGGAGGAUGUGGAGGAUGUGGAGAAUCCGGUUAUAGCACCGCCGGCCUCUUUUGAUGCGCUUAGCGAUGAUCUCGAGGGUGUGCUUUAUUCACUGAAGGAAUUACUUAACCAGCCGAAUUACGUUCCCCUAGAGGAGCUCGCAGAGCGCGAUGCUGAGAUUGCAAGGUUGGUGGCGAAGAACGAGACUCUGGAGGAGGAGUGGAGGAAAGCUAUUGAGCUGGUGGACGGGUGGAACAAGACACUGGCCAGGAACUUGGACAAGGGGAAGGCGAAGGAAUCAAAAGCCGCUGCGAAGGAGCGAAAGAGGGGGCAAAGGGCGCUGGCGGACAUUGUUAACCGCAAGGAUAACAUCGCUGCUCCGCCGGAGGAAGAUAAUGAGACAGAGGAUAAACUUGUGGGGAAGGAAGCCGAAACCGAAUGUGUGAAUGAUAGUAGGGAUGAAGACAUGGACGACAUACAAUUACUCGUUGUGGAAGCAUUAAACCCCGUAGAGCCUACCAGGCGGAGAUCUUUACGAAACGUAAGCCCUAUCCCACCCCAUUGCCUCAACAAUAAAUGAGUUAGCCACUAACGCCCCCACUAGAAAGAAAAACAACCAAAGCAAACCCCAUCCCCCAAGUCCAUUGUCAAGAAAAAGCGAAAAUCAACUCGCAAGAGCAGAGGCCUUUCCUCGCGAGAACUGGAAAGCUUGGCGUCAUAACUUUUUUUGCACCCUCCAUCCCUUCUUUACCAUUCAUCACACCAGCCCCUUCUGUACACCACCCCGCAUCUCUUCCAUUGGCGUCUGGCGCGAUUCUCUGCGGUAAUGUUCAAAGUUUCAUACUAGUAAUUCUGUCAUACCAGAUUGCGAAUACAAAAGUAGUCUACUUGUUUAU